AGGAACAAACAAAAAGACAUUGGAAAAAUUUGAAGUUGAAUGAAAUUCAACAAGGUUAGAGAAUGUUUCUUUUUCUGUCAUAAAUUUAUCUUUAUUAUUUACGUGGUCAAAUUUUAUUUAUUUAUACUUAUUUGCGUUACUCAUUUGAUAAAAUAAUAUAACCAUGUUACCUCUUGUUUCGUGGAGCUUUUGAUGUAGUUGUUUAAUAUCGUAAACUGAAAUAGACGAUUUAAAAUUGGGACGUAGAGUAAAAUUUAAGAAUUUUAAUCUAAAAGUACAUAACCUUAAUAGCUAGAUAGCAAAUCUAUAAUUCUUCUUAUGGCAUUACCUAAUCUUUGUCUAGAAUCUUGUUCUUGUGUGUUAAGUUGUGCUAUUUUUCAUGGAAGAAAUCAUCACCAGCAUGCAGGCGCGAAAUGUCAAAGGGAAAAAGUUCUUCAUUCAUAUCAAAAGGCAAUGCCAUGGACCAGGAGUUUUCCAGAAAAAAGGUCUUGCACUUGUUUUGAAGAUUUCAUGCUUAUGGAAAGCUUCAAUAUUCUAUGCAAGAGUCCCAAUGUCUUCGAAGGUGUUUCAAAAGUGCAAUUUGCUAUUCUUGAGGUGGAAGCCAAACGACUCCUAAUUAAAUUCUACUAUGGUAUUGCUUAUCUCUAUGCUGAAAUAAUAUGGAGUGCUGUUGAUCAGCUGAUCAUGGAAAAAGCUUUAUGGAGUAUUUGUAAUUGAAAACCUUCUAGUGGGCCCAGCAAUAAGAAAUUUAUAGGGAGAAU